AUGUCAAUGAACGGUGCAGCUGGGGCUGCCACUGCCGGCGAGGGCGGUGAGGCCGUCCUUUCGAAGAUCCACGAAGCACUCAAAGUCGUCCACAGCCCUUACUCGCCCAACCAAGCGCGACAAGAAGCCCAAGCAUUUCUCGAAGAAGUAAAGACCCUCGCCGAGGCACCGUCGCACGGCUUCAACCUCGCAUAUAAUAAACCUCAGGAACCCAUUGUCCGCCAUUAUGGUCUAUCGCUGCUUGAGCAUGCCGUGAAGCAGAAUUGGGAGGAGUACGGCGCCGAGCAUCGAGAAUAUAUCCGAUCAUGGGUUCUGCAGCUUGCUGAGACCGUUUCCACCGAAGACCCGCCAUAUUUGAGGAACAAGAUUGCCCAGCUCUGGGUCGAGGUGGCCAAGCGUGCCUGGGUCGCCGACUGGAUGGAUAUGGACCACCUGCUAGUCCGUAUUUGGCGGGGUUCAGACUCGCCAGUUCACAAACAAUUUGUUCUCCAGAUCCUCGAGACGCUCUCAGACGAAAUCUUUAAUGGAGAUGACGCUGUAGUCGCCCUCCGCGAGGGGGUGCUGAGCAAGGCAUGCGUCGAGGUUUUCACACCGGCAGCAAUUCUGACCGAGGCCUUCCCCAACCGUCAAGCCGGCCCAGACGUGCGGUGUGAGGGCGAUGGGUGGCUCAGUAGAAUAACACAACUCAUCAGCGAGUGUCUCAGCGGCGGUAUCGAGCAGAGUGAGGAUAUCAGGGCAUGCGCUGUCAAGGCACUCAACGUCCUCAACUCGGUCGUGCCGUGGGCAAUUCCAAAGGCAUUGAAUGCCGUCGGCUGCCGCCCCGUCAUGAGCAGCUGUUUAGCGACCCCCAGUGUGCCCGUUCAAAAGGCUGCCCUCGAGUCCCUGCACUCCCUAUAUAACCGCUCAAGUUUCACAGAAGAUGAAUUCGUUGAUCUGGUGGUGCCGAUGUACAGCGAAGUCAUGGUUGAUCUCUUCAAGAGGUUGUUUGAGUGGUCUGUCGUGGAUGCACAUGACAUUGACGACGACAAGUACCAGUUUGCCAAAAAGUUCUCCGAGACACUCUGCUCCCUCGGGAAUUACUUAGACCGGAAGUUCGCGGCCAUCCCGCCCCAAACCAACAUCCAAGGAUUCCUCGAGCUCCUGAUGCUGGUGGUGCAGAGCCAAAGCCUAGUCGUUUCGAUUCCGAUCCUUCUCACUUGGACACGUCUGUUAUCCCAUCGAGCGCUUGGCCCUGCAGCUGCUGAGAUGCCCUUUAUCGUCAACCUCCUGGAGCUCUGCUGCGGCCGCUUGGUUCGAUAUGAAAGUUUUCCCGAGGACACGGAGGAUCCUGUCUACGUUCUGCUCAUUGAGGAUACAGACACCAUCCCUGAGCGACACGCCUUCCUCGGAAACUACCGACGGUACUGCUGUUCGGUCAUCGAGAGCAUUGUGCAUCUCAAAAUGUCUGACGCGUUCUCGCAUAUGCUGGGCAGAGCGGAGCGUGCCCUGAACACCCUUUACGACGGGCAACCCCCCCUCAACCCUUCCAACUAUUCUAAAACCUCCCUGCCGGUCUUGACCGUUGACGCGCACGCAACCGUCAUUGAGGCUGCCCUUAAAGGUUACGACAAGUGGAGAACAUCACGCAACCGGACUGCGGAGGAGCAGGCAACGACCGUCGAGCAGUAUUUCGAGAAGUGGUGUGGUCAACUCCUCGAGAUGAAGUUUGAGGACCCCCUCAUUCGGAAGCGGAUACUUCAACUUCUGGUAACUUUCUCAACCAGAGCGCUCGACUCGAAGCCCGCGAUUAUGCUCAGGGUAUUGGAGCACAUCUUGAUGACCUGGCCGGCUCUGCAGCCGGAACACAGGCUGUUCAAUGAUGCGAUCAGGGAUCUCCAGACCGAAAGCAUGGUCGAGCUCCAAAGGCUGGCAUCAAAAAUGCCUGAUCCCCUUCUUGUAAGCAUUCCCCGCUCCCUGGGGGUUGCUAGAUCUAAUCAAUGGGUCCAGGAUGUGUACGACCAGCUAGAAGGGAAGGUUCAGGAGAUGAUCGCGUCUGGGACUCUCGAUGAGAAGCGCCAGGUGGCCUACCAAAGCUUUUUGUUCAUCAUCAUCCACCGAGCUACCCACAUUGACCCGGCUGUGCGUCUUUCAAAGCUCACUGCGUUUAUCGACCCCGUCAAAGAUCAGUGGAAGAACGAUUCUUUGAAACAAGCCUUGGGCUCUUACAAUGGAUUUUGCGAGCUCUUGGGCCUCGACAAAAUCCAGAAGUACUUGGUUGAGCGUCGUGUUCACGAGAAUGCUGACUGGGGCUCCACGGAUCUUGAUGCCGAGGGGCUAGCUCUCCAGGCUGAACUGGAACAGAGACAAUCGGCUCUACCGCUUCGGGUGACCAAGUCGUUCUUGACAUAUUCCGUUGAGAGGAUAGAGAAAGACUCGCCUGCUUACCAGGCUUCUUGCACUCUCUGGCAGGAUGGGUUCCAGCUCAUCCUGCCAGAGCUGCUCAAGUUUCUGAGCUAUGCCCACGCAUCCCAUAACCCGGCUAACUGGAGCUUGCUGCCGGCAGAAAUGCAGUCAGUAGUGGGCCGUCUCCUGUCCGACCGAUUUUGGCAAGCCGGCAUCUCGGAAGGGAGUAAGGAUGAUUUCUAUGCUAGAGUGCUUGGGAAGAAGAACACUCUAGAAGGGCUUGCGUCGACUAUUAGGGGGACUGUCCGGUUCGUACGAGAGACAUGCUACGCCGUCAUAUAUUGCAUGACGCGGCUGGACAUGCAGUUCUACGGCUUCCUGGAACUCCCAGGACCGUUGGCGAACGCCUUGUUUGCGGAUUCGAUCUACCUAUCCUCUCACCAGGUCAUCAACCUCCUCACCCUCGUGAGGUUCCUCGUUGAUCACUGUCCCGUGGAGCUACGGGGACAUUUCGUGCCUCCUAUUUUGGCGACCUGUUUCGAGCAGAUGGAUGCCAAAAUCAGCUCUGAGUGGGAGAAACUCGGACAACGGGAAGCAGUCCGAGCUGCACCGGACGAACUGGCCGAGGAGAUGAAGGCCGAGAGCAUCCUAAGACAACUCACCUAUUCAGCGGUGCUUAUGGUCGCCGAUGUUCUCGACCCGGCCAGAAUCGCACCAGGGUCAGCUUCAGCGGACAAACCUGAAGAUACGGCUCCAAGCGCGAAGUAUCCCCCGCUCCGCAAAUUUUGCCUAAUGAACCCGUCCAUUGCGGUUCCCCUUCUGGUCUUCUGCAGUCACGCGAUUCGUAUGCACGAUGGUAGAUGCUGCGGCGUUGUGCUGCGUGUCUUCCGCUCGAUCGUGCCGGAAUUUAGCCCUUCAGAGCUCGCAAAAACCGCGAAGGACCCGGGCCACACAGCACCCCUUGAGGAUUUCCCGAUCCCAGAAGAAACUGCGAGGGAAAUUCGCGAGUACAUCUCUACAGAGGUGAUGAAGGCGGCCAUUUCUUCGCUGCACGACCCCUACUUCGUCGAUUCCCAAAGGGACUUGGGCGCGCUGAUCGCUUAUAUCUUGGCCUACUACUCAUCUCUGACACCGACGCCGCGGAACAUACUUGUCUCAUUGCCGAAUAUCAAACCAGAAGAUGUUGACAGGACGAUCCAGCAUGUUUCCCAGCCGGGGGUACAGUCUCGCCAGCAACGUGCACUUGUUCUUGAACUUCUCGAGGACUUGAAGGGGGUCAGCAUCUCGGAGAUGGGGAAGCUUACCAAGAGCCUUGGGGUAAGGCCGGGUUCCUCACGCGGUAGCAAGAAGUCUACCCGCAGCAAGAUGGCCCAGGAAUUCAUGACGCCGAACGGGGGCUCGGGAACAGGCGGGGCGGGAGGCGUGGAUGGCUCGACGGGGCGCAACAAGACUCCCGACUUGGAUGGCGUGGCCAGCAUGUUUAACGAAACCAGCUAG